CGCCUAUAGAUAUACUAUAUCUAUCCAUCAAUCUCCAUUAAAUUCCUCCACAGCGUAACGCAAUCUGACCGGAGCUGGAUUUUGCGUUUUAUUUUGAGUUUUCGGUUGACCGUUGGCUGAAUUUUCGUUGAUGGGAGCAGCAGAUGUUGGGAAAUUACCGGUGAAUUGAGGUCUCCGUCAACGCUAUACGACGUCGCAUUUCGUCUCACUGGAGCUUACAAAUCCACUUCUUUUGAGCUGAUUGUGCGAUGAAUAGGCUUUCCUGAAUAGUUUUUUUUUUCUGUUUUCGGCUGAUCGGAGGUGAGAUUUUGAAUUUUUUGGCUGACUUUUCGUUGGUGGGAGAAGAAAUUAACGGUGAAUUGGGGUCUUCUUCAACGCUAAACGACGUCGCAUUCGUCUCAAGAGCUUACAAAUCCACCUUUUUUCAGUUGAUUGUGCGAUGAAUAGACUUUCCUGAGUAGUUUGGUUUUUGUUUCCGGCUGAUCGGAGGUGAGAUUUUGAAUUUUCGGGCUGUGGAAACAUGGGGCAUUGCUGCAGCAAAGGCGUCUCCGAUUCCGCCGACAAGGAGGACUUCACCUCCACCUCCGCCAAUCGCCGCCGAGAGACCCCCGCAUCGGGAUCGCAGACGCCGUCCGCCGCCACCAAUGGGGGCGCGCCGCCUCACUCCUUCACGGCGAGCCCGUGGCAGAGCCCCUACCCCGCCGGAAUCGCGCCCUCGCCGUCUCCGGCGAGGACUCCGGGGCGGAAGUUUCGGUGGCCGCUGCCUCCACCGUCGCCGGCGAAGCCGAUUAUGUCGGCGUUCAUGAAGCGGCAGCCGAGUCCGCCGCCUGCGAAGCCGAUACCGGAGGAGGGCGGCGGGGAAGGGAGCGAGCGGGCGCUGGAUAAGAGCUUUGGGUAUUCGAAGAAUUUCGCGGCGAAGUAUGAGCUGGGGAAGGAGGUUGGGCGAGGGCAUUUUGGGCAUACUUGCUGGGCGAAAUGUAAAAAGGGGGAUUUGAAAAAUCAGCAAGUUGCUGUCAAGAUUAUUGCUAAAGCUAAGAUGACAACAGCAAUAUCGAUUGAAGAUGUUCGAAGGGAGGUGAAGAUUUUGAAAGCUUUGUCUGGGCAUAAGAACCUGAUCAAAUUUUAUGAUGCUUUUGAGGACGCCCAUUAUGUCUACGUAGUUAUGGAAUUAUGUGAAGGGGGUGAGCUGCUGGAUAGGAUUUUAGCACGAGGUGGAAGAUAUACAGAAGAGGAUGCGAAGAAAAUCGUGGUGCAGAUGUUAAGUGUUGUUGCCUUCUGUCAUCUACAAGGCGUUGUACAUCGGGAUCUGAAGCCCGAGAAUUUUCUAUUUGCCACAAAAGAUGAAGAUUCUCCGAUGAAGGUCAUUGAUUUUGGUUUAUCUGACUUCAUUAGGCCAGAUCAACGUCUGAAUGAUAUCGUUGGUAGCGCAUACUACGUUGCACCAGAAGUACUUCACAGAUCAUACAGCAGUGAAGCAGAUAUAUGGAGUAUUGGUGUAAUAACAUACAUUUUAUUAUGUGGGAGCAGACCUUUUUGGGCACGCACCGAGUCAGGAAUCUUUCGUUCAGUUCUACGAGCUGAUCCUAACUUCCACGACGCACCAUGGCCAUCAGUAUCCCCAGAAGGCAAAGAUUUUGUGAAAAGGCUGCUUAAUAGAGAUCAUAGGAAAAGAAUGACUGCUGCCCAAGCACUUUCUCAUCCAUGGCUAAGGGACCUUAACAUCACGAUACCUUUAGAUAUGAUGAUCUACAGAUUAGUGAAGUCGUACAUUCGAGCCACACCUUUGAAACGUGCAGCCUUGAAAGUAGGCCCUCUUUGCAUGAUCUGUGUACUUGAUGUUUUUAAAAAACAGCUCAGAGAUGACAUUUUUCACCGUCUGCAGGCACUUUCGAAAGCUUUGACAGAGGACGAGCUCCUUUACCUUAGAACUCAAUUCGAACUUCUGGAACCAAGAGAUGGCUAUGUCUCUCUUAAUAAUUUCAGAACCGCUCUCAUGAAAAACGCAACGGAUGCCAUGAAGGAAUCGAGAGCUUCAGACAUCUUGAAUAUGCUGGAGCCCUUAUCCUACAAAAAGAUGGAUUUCGAAGAGUUCUGCGCAGCCUCAAUCAGCACCUACCAGCUGGAGGCGCUCGAGAAAUGGGAGGAUAUCGCGAGUGCAGCAUUCGAGUACUUCGAAGCAGAAGGAAACCGCGUCACUUCCGUUGAGGAACUGGCACAGGAGUUCAGUUUAGGUCCAACUGCUUACUCUCUUCUUGGUGAUUGGAUCAGACCAUCAGAUCGAAAACUGAGUUUUAUCGGGUUUACAAAGUUCUUACAUGGUGUCACCAUCCGAACCUCAAACACCAGACAUCGACAGUGACUCUCUCUCGCUCUAUCUCUCUUCGACAGCUAAAAGAUUGCUGUAUGUUUGUCUGGUUUUGGGGCUUCUCAAAGAAAAGCUGAUUUGGCAUUUGGGAACAAGAAUGAGAAGAUAUUCCAACAGCUUAUGCUCAAAAGUUACGAGGAAUAUGUCAUUUUACACGAAUUUCUCAUUGUUUGCUGUCGGCUUUAGCUUUGGAGAAUGUCGAAAUUAUUCUUUGUUUUUUUUCUUUUUAGAUGCUACGCACAUCGAGUUUCAUUAUAUAACAUCCGAUUUUGUCGAUGUUUAUUCUCUUUUAAAGACUGGUGUAAACAUGAACCUUUUUGUAAGGUGAUCGAGAGAUGCAGAGACUUAUAUAGUGAUUUCAAUUGUUACA